UCUUUCUUUUUUGAUUCGCUUUGAAAGUGAACAGACGUGAAUUGAAGUUUUUUAAACGAAACUAGAACAAAAAAAAUGACUGAAACACUUCAACGUCGUGGAACCCUUUUGGGACACAGCGGAUGGGUUACCCAGAUCGCAACAAACCCAAAAUACCCUGAUAUGAUCUUGUCAUCAUCUCGUGACAAGACAUUGAUCGUAUGGAAAUUGACUCGUGACGAAACCAACUAUGGUAUCCCACAAAAACGUUUGUACGGUCACUCGCACUUCAUCAGUGACGUUGUUUUGUCAUCUGAUGGUAACUACGCUUUGUCUGGCUCAUGGGACAAGACUUUGCGUCUCUGGGAUUUGGCUGCUGGAAAGACAACCCGCCGUUUCAAGGACCAUACAAAGGAUGUUUUGUCAGUUGCAUUCAGUGCUGACAAUCGUCAAAUCGUGUCUGGAUCACGUGACAAGACCAUCAAGUUGUGGAACACUUUGGCCGAAUGCAAAUACACCAUCCAAGACGAAGGUCACUCUGACUGGGUUUCAUGCGUUCGUUUCUCACCAAACCACUCCAACCCAAUCAUCGUGUCAUGCGGUUGGGAUCGUACCGUCAAGGUCUGGAAUUUGGCCAACUGCAAACUUAAGAUCAACCACAAAGGUCACAACGGUUACUUGAACACUGUUACCGUUUCACCAGACGGUUCAUUGUGCACAUCCGGUGGUAAAGACACCAAAGCUUUGCUCUGGGAUCUCAAUGAUGGCAAACAUUUGCACACAUUGGACCACAAUGACAGCAUCAACGCUCUCUGCUUCUCACCAAACCGUUACUGGUUGUGCGUUGCAUACGGUCCAUCAAUCAAAAUCUGGGAUUUGGCAUGCAAGAAAACCGUCGAAGAACUUCGUCCAGAAGUCAUUUCGCAAACACAAAAGGCCGAUCCACCACAAUGUUUGUCGCUCGCCUGGUCGACCGAUGGUCAAACCUUGUUUGCUGGAUACAGUGACAACACCAUCCGUGUAUGGCAAGUGUCAGUCUCAGCAUCUCGUUAAGAUGUGCUCAUCAUCAAAAGAAGCCAUUCUAUUGUUGCAUUUUCUCACGUAUUUUGUUAUAAAAGUACACACAAAACACCCACGAUCAAAUGUCAAUGCCAAUGGUUUCGAUU